AUGGCAGAUAUUACUUGGCCUUGGCAAUAUAAUUUUCCACCCUUUUUCACAAUCCAACCACACUCUGAAACAAGGCAAAAACAGUUAGCAGCAUGGGAGGAACUAAUCACAGAAUACCUAAAGUCUUCCAAACAAUAUAUUAUUGAUAUAAGAGAGUCACAAAACACACCUUUAUUUAGCAAUCCGUCUAUAAACAGAAGAUUGUCGCAAGAGGCAAUAUUGACAAUUUUAGAGGAUAUGGCCAGGUGUGGUCGAGCAGCUCCGGUUGAUAAAAGUAAAAGCGUUUGGGAGGUGUAUUGGCAUUCUCUGGACGAAUGGGGCAACAUGAUUUACAGUUGGGUCAGUGCGAAUGGUUUAAAUAACUCAGUUUGUACGCUAUAUGAGUUGCGGGAAGGUGAAACAACGGAGGGUGAAGAGUUUCAUGGUUUGGAUAUUAACAUAUUAACAAAGGCGCUGAGGACACUAGAAGUGAAGGGGAAAUGUGAAUUAAUGGAAUUUGAUGACAACCAAGGUGUGAAGUUCUUCUAA